CUGGGGGAUCAAAUUUCCUGGUGCCUUGUUCGGUUUGUUUAGGCUUCUAUCAGGGUUCUAUCAAGUCCACUUGAAAAAAAAUUUGAGGAUUUUGCUCUGUAAUUUUGUAUGUGGUGUUUGGUUUGAUAUGUUGGAGAAAUGUUUUUCAGACAGAUAAUGUUACCAAUUUUCUGUGUUUGGUUUAAAUGCUGUUGUUAAGAAUUUAGAGCAAAAUUGUUUCUUCUGAAGGUAGAAUGUAUUUCUGUGUUUUUUUUUUAUUCAUUUUCACAAAAGAGACAUGGGAUCCUUAUUCCCAACCCAGGGUUUUCAAGUAAGGAUUAAUCAGUGCAUGGAAUAUGGAUCAUGAUUUGUGGAGGCAUGGUAAGCUUGAUUUCAUCCUUGUAUGCACCAUCUUUGCUUAAGCAUACACCGUACACGUACAUAUUCAAGUCAAUUGUACUUGAAGAGUCCAAUGCAGUUAUAUUUUCAAAAGCAGUUAGCGGUUAGCAGUUUGCAGUGCUUUCUACUCACUCUUCAGGCAUGGUUCAAUAUCAUAUCCUACUAGUUAAUUUAUGUACUGUUGAUUUUUCUAUAUCAUUGAUACAGUGGCUUGUAAUAUUGAAAAGUCUGAAGAUGUGCUAUCCGCUUUAUUGGACCCAGAUUUCCCAUGAGCAAUGUUGUCUUGAUGAAACGUUGAGAUCUAUGACUAUGUUAGAAGCUUAAUUUUUGUUCAAGUGCUGUAAUUUUCAGUAGACCUGAGAUGCUAUCAGCUAUUAAGGAAAUUGGCUGUUUGCUGCCCCUUUGUCAUGCUUCCUGUUCUUUCAACACCUAAAUGCUUUGUUUAUCCUCUCUACAUUGGAUGUUUCUGUUAGAACUGAUUCACUCAAAUGAGCGACCAUUCUCAAAAGAUCAAUAAGUUCUGUUUUGCUUCGCUUUUCAUUUGCUGUGGCCUGUGAGUGUGGCCAACAGGCCAUUCUGAGCUGCAUGCUCUAUUUUGUUUAUGGACUAUACUCUCCCUUCGUGCUGAGGUAACAAAGUUUUAGCCAUAUUCAACGAGAACUAGUCUAGUAUAUGUGGAACUCGCAAGCUAGAUAUAUUUAAGAUUGCAUUUUCAAAAUUCGUGAUUGUAAUGAUUUAUUCGACAUCCACCAAGUUUCUGAUGACCCUCUAUCUUAAUUGUUUCCAUUGUGCAGAUGAUAUUGUUGUGUUCCCAUUAGUACAUGGUACUGGUUGUCCAAAUUUAUGACAGAAAAUCUCCACACUUUAUCCUUGUAGUUUUGAAUAUCCUCGUUGUCUUCUAUGAUAUGAUUCGUAUUGCAGAAAUAGUCAAUUAUCAACCUUGCUAAAUCUGAUGGGUCAAUGAACAUACUGCUUGCCCUAAAGAUACUGUGCAGAGGCUAAUGCAGUGUAGCAUGAAAAUGUUUACACAUGGCAUCUCAUUUGAUUGUAUCUACAAUCUCUGAAUCAAAUACAUCAGCUAAAUCACAAAUAAAAGAAAUGAUUCUAACUUGAGUUCUUUGAUCGGAUAUUCAAGCAUCUAGCUAUAAAUAUUUAUGUGCUUAUCGAUGGAUUGAUCCCUUGCAUCAGUUGCAUGUUUAUGUACUCUGUAUUGUUGUGUGCGUAAUUGCUUCUUUUUCUUUAGAUUCUGCUGUAAAUUUAUUAUGAGUACACAGUGCUUUAUGUGCUAUUCAUCGGGGCAGGUUAUGUACACCUAAUAUGGUUUCUUUAAAUACUUUUAUGUUAAAACUUUGAAAUCACACCAGCCAAUAUCAGUAGAUGAGAUGUUUUUUUUAUGCAACAACCAUGAAGUUUACCCCUCCCCCUCUUCACCAACCUACCUUCCAUUCCUUAGAAGCUUACCUUUCCUCGAUCUAUAAAAUUACCUUCACUUUUUCGACAUAAUACUACCCGAAGAGAAUGGCCAACCUAAAGUGUAUUUGGGUAUUAUAUUUCUUGUUUCUCGCCAUAUCAUUGGCAAAAGCACAAGCGCCAGCAACGGCACCAGCUAAUGCUUCUCCAACACCACCCUUACCUCCUUUAAACCCACCAACGACGUCAACCCCACCACCAAUUUCCACUCCGCCACCAGUUGCAAGCCCAACAGUUCCCCCCGUGCAAAGCUCACUGCCUCCAGCAGCUUCUCCGUUAAGUCCACCCGUACAAACCCCAACACUACCACCUGCACCAGUAAGUCCACCACCGGUACAAACCGCACCACCAGUCCCGCCUCCAGUUCAACCACCAGCACCUACAUCAACUCCACCACAACUUUCACCUGCCCCAGCAACUGUUCCACCAGCACAAGCCCCAACAAAUCCGGCUCCUGUACCAGCCCCUACAAAACCAGCUCCUGCACCAGCACCAGUGACUGUGCCACCAACAUUGGCACCAGUAAAUGAGCCCUCGACUGCACCAGCACCAGCACCAUCCGAAGGGAGAAAAAGGAAAAGGCACAAGCAUAAGCAUAGGAGGCACCAUCAUGCACCAGCACCAGCCCCAAAACCGCCAAGCCCUCCAGCACCUCCGACAGUGGAAUCAGAUUCUUCAGAGGACACAUCGCCUGCACCAUCUCCAGAUUUGAAUGAAGGAAUAUCAAUUUAUCAGCAAGGAUACUCAUGGAGAAGGUGGGUGACAGGACUCUUAGCAGUUGUGAUACUUGUUGCUUUGUGAUCUCAAACAUGAACUAUAUAAGCACUGGAUUCUAUCUAGUUGAUUCAUUUUAGCUGGCUGAUUUUUGUGAGAUUCAAAGUUGAGGUGUUUUCGAUUGCAGCAAUGUAAAUGAGUACUAUUAUUUGAAUGCAAACCAGAUUUAUGAUUCAUGUGAAAUUAUGUGGAUGACUGAUUGAAUCAUUUUGAAACAGAUUAACGUCCAUGUUUUAGCACAAAAGGGCGAAAACGUGUUAUGCUCAUUUCGCCCUAAUCUUUAGUAUCAUUUUGAAAAUCAUACCCAACCGAAAGACCUGGAUUAUUCCAUAACUCCCAUUGAGAUUGAUACAAUUGACACAAGAAGCUCUCACAUUAAAAAGUUAAUUGUAACAAUUUCGACCGGGUAGUAUUUUGUAAUGGUGCAAUUAAUAUGAAACGAAAACACAAUCAAAGAAACUGCCCAUGCUGUCAAAAAUUCUUGACCUAAUUAUAUACUGAUAUAAAGGAGCUUCAACAAAAUAGAAAAUAAAGGGUCUUAGAGGCGAAGUCA